AAGAACGUCAUCCUGAUGGUGGGCGACGGCAUGGGCGUGUCCACGGUGACGGCGGCCAGGAUCCUGCGCGGCCAGCGGCAGGGCCGGCCCGGCGAGGAGGCCACCCUGGCCUGGGACCGCUUCCCCACCGUGGGCCUGGCCAAGACGUACAACGCUGACGCGCAGGUGGGCGAGUCGUCGGCGUGCGCCACGGCCCUCAUGUGCGGCGUCAAGGCCAACUUCGAGACGGUGGGGCUGGACGCGCGCGCGCGCUUCGAGAACUGCGGCUCGACGUACGCGUCGCGCGUGCCGUCACUGCUCUCGUGGGCCCAGCAGGAAGGCAAGGCGACGGGCGUGGUGACCAACACGCGGCUCACGCACGCCACCCCGGCCGCGCUGUUCGCGCACGCGGCGUCGCGCUACUGGGAGGACGACGGCAAGGUGCCCUCCAGCAGCCGGCGCGUGUGCAAGGACAUCGCGAGGCAGCUCGUGGAAGACGAGCCGGGCCGCUCCGUUAACGUGCUGCUGGGCGGCGGCCGGCGCCACUUCCUGCCCAAGGUGGCGCGCGACCCCGAGGCGCCGCACGAGGAGGGCCGGCGCCUGGACGGCCGCAACAUCGUGGACGACUGGGUGCGCGACAAGAAGAAGCGCGGCCUGCACGCGCAGUACGUGUGGACCAAGGCGCAGCUGCAGGCCGCGGCCGCCACCGCCGCGCCCCAGCGCCCCGACUACAUCCUCGGUCUGUUCGCCUACUCGCACAUGGACUUCGAGGCGGACCGCGACGCCGGCCCCGACGGCGACCCCUCCCUGGCGGACAUGACCCGCGCCGCGCUGGCCGUACUCAUGCGGAACCCGAGGGGCUUCUUCCUGUUCGUCGAGGGCGGCCGCAUCGACCACGCCCACCACUACAACAACGCGUACCGCGCCCUGGACGAGACGCUGGCGCUCGAGUCGGCGCUGCUGGCCGCCAUGGAGCUGGUGGACGUCACCGAGACCCUCAUCGUGCUCACGGCCGACCACUCGCACGUGCUGACCCUGGGCGGGCUGGCCACGCCUCGGGGCAACCCUAUCCUGGGCGUGGACUCGAAGGUGUCCGACGUGGACGGCAUGCCCUACUCGACGCUGCUGUACGGCAACGGCCCCGGCUACAGCGUGCCCCGCACCGUCCCGGCCAACCUGACGGCGGGCACCCCGCACGCCGCGCCCGGCACCACCGCGGCCGCCGAGGAGGACGAGGAGGCCCGCAACCGCGUUCACGGCGCGGCCGUGCCCCGGCAGUGGGCCACGCACGGCGGCGAGGACGUGCCCGUCUACUCCCAGGGCCCACUGGCCGGCGCGCUGCUGGGCGGCGUCAUGGACCAGACCUUCCUGCCGCACGCCAUCGCCUACAUCGCCUGCCUGGCCGAGUUCGCGGACCGCUGCAAAGGCGGCGGGGACAACUACACGGCGCCGCCCAUGCCGCAGAUGUGCGUGGCUCCGGAGGUGAGCAGCAUCUCUUCCGGCGCGGGCAGCACGGGCCACUCGCCGGAAGUGGUGGCGUCCAGCGUGAUGGCGGACCACGGCAAGACGAUGCACAGCUCGGGCAGCAACGAUGAUUAG